GCUGAUUACAGCUGUGACAUGGAGAGGGGCAGCGUGUGCACCUAUCACCCCGACAGUGUCCACUGCGUCAGAGGAGUUCAGGCCAGUCCCGGUUCGGGGUCGGGGCAGCAGUGCUGCUACGACGUCGGGGGGGACCUGGUGCUGACGGGCGACUCGGUGGGGGGGGGCACCCCCGACCGGGCCCACGACUGGGGCGCGCCCCCGUACCGGGACCCCCCCCGGGUGCCGGGUUACUCCCACUGGCUGACCGACGUCCUGAGCUUCCACCACUGCUGCCUGUGGUCCGCCCGCUGCGGCCUCUACCUCAGACACCGGCCCUCCAGCGGGUGCCGCCGCUACCGGCCCCCCCGAGCAGGUGUUGUCUUUGGGGAUCUGCAUUUUGUAACGUUCGAUGGUGUCGGGUAUUCGUUCUCGGGAAAAGGAGAGUAUUACCUCGUCUCUUCACCCAGCAGAAACCUCAGCAUUCAAGCCAGAACAGAACAAGUCAAACUUAAGAAUGGUACUUUGGCCAAAGCCACGCAGAUCUCAUCGGUGGCCAUGAAGGACCGGUCAUCCAGUACCAUCGAGGUGCGCCGGGCAGGAAACCUGCUCCAGGUGCUGGAAAACCAAAAGGUUCUUCCUCUUGCCGAGCAAAGCGUGACGGUCAUGUUUUCCUCCGGGGUCGGCGUGGAGGUCCGGGCCCACGCGGGGGGGCGCGUGGCGGUCACCGUCCUGCUGCCCGCAGACUUCUCCAACCACACCCGGGGCCUCCUCGGCCUCAUGAACUCUGACCCCUCGGACGAUCUGCUGACCCAAAGCGGGGGGUCGGUCCCCUCAGUGAACCCCACGGGGGAGGAGGUGUUUGCAUUUGGAGCUGGAUGGAACAUCUCAAAGGCGUCCUCCCUUUUCACCUAUGACACCAAACACCUCCUGGAUUCCUACUAUUUCCCCCCGAGCCACGACCCCGCCUUCCUUCCCGCCUUUUCCCCCCCCGGACCCCCCGGGGACCCGUUGGUGGGGGAGGUGGGGGAGGUGUGCCGGGGGGGCGGAGCCUUAUUCUGCAGAUACGACGCCCUGACCGCCCGCAGCCUCCAGAGGGAUGACAGACUCGUCCUGGACCUGCCGGCCCACCAAACUGAUGAGAGACAUCACGGAGCAGCCUCCUUCUUCCUCCAACAACCGGAGGACCCUGUUGAGCCUAAGCUGUUUGAGGAGGACCCCCCAUCCAGUUUGGGGCAGGAGACGCUGAGAGAGAGGGACCCGUCCUCCACACAGCUCCGCUCCCUGGAUCCGAACAUCGUGAAACCCUCAUCGCAGGAGAACUUCAGCGUGUUUCCCUGCAGGAACGGGAAGAAGAACGGGACGCGUUACCUUCAGGGAAACACGCUGAAGUUCUCCUGCGAUGAGGGUUUCACGAUGUUCGGAUCCAGGGAGCGGAGCUGUGUGGAGGACGGGUCCUGGACCGGAGAGCAGCCUUACUGCUUUAAAGAGGAUAACACUGGAUUUGUUCUCGGAGCUGUCGGAUUCGUCUCAUCGUUGGUGGCCAUGGCGAUAAUGAUCAAGCUGCAGAACAGGAAACAAGGCAGAGACGCACAAAAGCAACAAAUCCCACCUGCUUAUUUGAUAUCCACCACGGCCCAUCCUCCUCGCAGAAACCCAUAA